UGCUGUAAACACAGGACACGUGACCAGCAGCGUUGCCUGUCAGGGGCUUUGCAGCAGCGGGACGAAUGACGGCUGAGUUAGAGGAAGUUACUGGGGGCAGCUGUGCUGCUAUGUAAUCUUACACGAGUUUGGUAGCGCUUCGCGGAACGAGAGAGGAAGGCGGCAGCAUUCAUGGACAUUGUGGACACCCUUAACCAUUUAAUACCGAGUGACCAGCUGGAUGACUCCCUGAUAAUAGGCCAAAACCUGGAAUGUGAAGCCAGCAAUGAAGUAGGGGCUGGAACUGGACUGGAGGAAGAUUCGCUAAAGAACAUGCUUAGUGACAAAGAUCCCAUGUUUGGUUGUGCAGGCUCCCAGUUUAAUCUGCUGGGCAAGGAGGACUCCUCUUUUAAGAUUCCUGGGGCAGCAGGUCUCAGUGAAGGCGCAGGAUCCACUAGCCUUAACAGUGAAAUGACAGUUGCUCAGACCGCACCAGUCAAGCGACCUGUUGGUAGGCCAAGGAAGCGUCCACAGAAUUUAGAACCGGCUGGUAGUAGUGCUCCACAACCUGCCAAAACAUCCACCAAUGUCAUAGUCCGAGGACGACCGGGAAGGAAACCAGCCAACAGACUACAGAAGUCAUUUCUCAUUGAAAAAGGAGUUAAAGGUGCUCAGUUGAAGAAGGAAUUAACUCUGGGAGGGCGUGUAAAUGUUAAUAACCUUGAUGGCGGAUUAUGGCUUAAUCCCACGGUUGUGUUGAGACGACUGACCGUAACAAUUGGAGGAUUCAGGAUUGAGCUGCUUCCAGGACCCUCUUACACAGAAAGUGUUAGUACAAGCCAGUCUGAAUGCCUCGAUGGUGGCAUUGCACAUGGUGGGGAAAUAAGUUUUACCAUGUUGUCGGAUGAUGCUACCAAUGUACAGAAUCCCACACCAGAGAAUAAUGCAGGAACAAAUGUAGACACCAGCUCUGCUAAUGAUGCAGCUCUGGGCCCGUAUGUGAAUCCUAAUGAUGUCCAGACCUCCAAUGGAACAUUAACAGAGGUCCCUACCGUGCAAGAAUCAAAUAAGAGUGACAGUCCUGAAAAGGAAAAACCCGCCAUUAAAGAAACAGAUGGCAUAAAACAAGCACAAAAUAAUGAGAAGGCCAUAACUACUACUAUUACUACUACUACUACUAAUACUACUACUACUAGUAAUAAGAAUGGUGGUAAAGAAAAACAACAGGUGGUGGCCAAAAAUGUACCGAAGUCCAAAGAAGGUCAGUUUUCAAACAAGAGUAAGGACAUUUCAAACAAACCAGGCAGCAUGACUAAGGAACACCAUAUGUCCCAAAACCCGCAAUCUAAAGUCAUCCAAAGAGGAGACCUGCACAAAUCUCUGAAAGAAAGAAAAAACAUCUCACCACUGAAAAGACCAGCAGAAAACACCCCAAGUGUCCAUGAUAAUAAAGUACAAAAGGUGCAGGGCACAGGAGAUGUUAAAGCAAAGUCAAAGUUACCAAGUACACCUAGCUCAUUAGUGAAGAAGACAGCAUCAUCUUGCAACAGAGUUGGAGAUCUGAGUCCAAUGAAACCAUCUCAUCCCCACAACAGCUCCAAAAUUGAGUCUGCCCAACCAACAAACAGCUGCCCAGGGAAUCCCUCAAAACCACAAGAAGAGGGAGGGCUGGAAAAGCCCAAAGUGAAAAAGCCUGAAAAGCUCCUUCAGAGACAGAAAAGUAAAGGUUCAAGAAGCAUCUCUGUGGAUGAGCCGCAGCUGUUUAUUCCAGAUAACGCUCCUGUUGUGAAGAAGGAAAUAGCUGAGGAUCAAUGUGCUAGCAGCGAGAUGGUAUGGGAUGGAAAUAACUGCUGUGGGCUUUGCAAGAAACACCACAACAACAUGUUCAUGGUUGGCUGUGGUCGCUGUGAUGACUGGUUCCACGGUGACUGUGUUGGGCUUGACCUGACAAAAGUACGUGAAAUGGAGGAGGAGGACCAGAUGUACGUGUGCUUGAAGUGCUGUGAGGAGGAAAGCAAAAAGGUGGAGCCUGAGACCCCGAGCACGCCCAAACCAGAAGAUCCAGUAAAGAUAGAGGUACAGGAUCAUAAACUGUCCCCCAAGCCCAGACCUGGACCCUCCCAGACACUCCCGUCAGGAGGGGUCAGACCAGUAAGAAAAGACUCUGACAGAAAGCAGUCGACAGAUGUCAAAGAACCAGCUCAUCAAUCAGGCACUCAUCUGAAACAAGAGACGAGAAGUAAAACUCCUUCUUCAGUUUCAAAAAAACCUGUGUCCGUGGAAGCAAUCAGGCGAAGCGUGCGUGAUUCUCUGAAAGAAAUCCUUGUACAGAGGUUGAAGGAUUCUGAUUUGAAAAUCUCAGUGGAGAGGGCCUCUGAAGUUGCCAAGAAGACAGAGAGAGAGCUUUUUCACUUAUAUAAGGACACUGACAAUAAAUACAAGAACAAGUAUAGAAGCUUAAUGUUUAACCUCAAAGAUACUAAAAACAACGUGCUCUUUAAGAGGGUCCUCAAAGGGGAAAUUUCCCCAGCUAACCUAAUUCGCCUGAGUCCGGAGGAACUGGCCUCCAAAGAAUUGGCUGCUUGGCGACAAAGGGAGAACCGCCAUACGAUUGAAAUGAUUGAAAAAGAGCAGAGAGAGGCUGAGAGACGGCCGAUCACCAAGAUCACGCACAAGGGUGAGAUUGAAAUUGAAAGCCAGGAGCCAGUGAAAGCACCUGAGCCUUUAGAGGUUGAGCCCCCUCCCAGGGCAACAGAAGUAUCAGCAGAACCUCCAAAACCCCCAGAGAAGAAAGCAGAGAAUGCCAGUACAGAUAAAGACACUACCAGCCAACACAAGACUCACUUAUUCGACCUACACUGCAAAAUCUGCACAGGUCGUAUGGCUCCCCCUGUGGAGGAGGCGCCGACCAAAGUGGUCAAAGUUGCUACCACAGUUAUCCGGCGACAGUCCACUAAACCAGAGGAGAUAAAAAGUACAACCCCAUCUGCCACAGAGGAUGAACUUCACCUGACUGUUUUAGAGGAGAGCUUCCGAAAUGCUCAGCCAGGAUACGAAGGAAGGUCGGAUCACACAGCUGGAAGAGAUGAAGAGACAGCGUUCCUUUCCAACCUGAAGUGCCUGUGGCGAGGUUUCAUUCAUAUGCACUCUGUGGCAAAGCUAGUAACAAAAGCCUUUCCUGUGUCAGGCAUUUUAGACAACUUGUGUGAGGACCUUCCAGACAGCAUUCAGGUUGGUGGGAGGAUCAGUCCACAAACUGUCUGGGACUACUUGGAGAAGAUUCGUGCUACUGGAACAAAAGAGGUGUGUCUGAUUCGCUUCUCCCCUGAGACAGAGGAAGAUGAGAUCUCCUAUACUCUUCUUUAUGCCUACUUCAGUAGUCGUAAGCGUUUUGGGGUUGUGUCCAACAACCUAAAGCAAGUAAAGGACAUGUAUUUAAUUCCUUUGAGUGCCACGGAAAAGGUUCCACAUCAGCUUGUUCCCUUUGAUGGACCAGGUUUAGAGAGUAAUCGUGCCAACCUCCUGCUUGGACUCAUAAUUCGUCAGAGACCCAAAAGGGAUUUUCUUUCUGUUGAUGUGAACGAACCUGCAAAGAUUAUACCUGAAAUCAAGCCCAUUACUGUUGCUACAAAAGAAACCAGAGGGAAAGAAGAGGAGAAAUUCUUCCUUUCUUCCUUGACUACUGUGCAUGUAAAAGAGAAGGACAAACCACUUAACACUACUGAACAAGUCAGCGAGCCUGUUACAGAGUCUCCUGAAGAACCAUCUGCACCAGAGGAGACUAGCAGUCAAGAGUCACAAAAACCCCUCCGCUUUCUUCCAGGUGUAUUAGUAGGCUGGGGCGGGGAAUUACCCCCUCUGCCAGAUGUGGGAGGGAAACCUGUAAUAACAGCAGACGACACCCCGAAGACCCAAACACCUUUGAAAAUUGAAGCAUCAAACUCGAAAAGUCCAACAGCUGCAGCACCGCGAGAGCGUUUUGUCAUCAAGAAAAAAGAAGCAAAACCUACUAAAGCUGAACCAGAGCUUUCCAGCCUGACUGAUACAUCUGCCGCGAACAGCUCAUCAGGAAAAGAUGCUGCAGUGGUGACCCAUGGUGUGCCCCUCUCUCUGAAAGAUAAGCCUCCAAAUGUAUCGACUGAAGCAUUCCUGGAAAGCCUGACAACAGCUCCGUGUGGGAGUGAGACUAGCAUCACUGCCUCGGCAAACAAAGGGGAAGUCUGCCCUUUGUCUGAAACCGAAAAAGAAAUGUCUGAAGGGGAAUCUCUGUUGCUGUCAACACCCCAAGCUCCUUCAGAUAAUACUAGUAGCUCAAAACCUCCUUUAAGUGGAAUACUGAAAAAAUCCUCAGCAUAUUCCAGUGUGAAUGAAGACAAAUCAGCCGUGCUACAAAAGGAUAAAGCCAACCAUCCACCUCCUCCCAGUCCCAAACCUGUUCCAGCAUUGAGCAGCACUAGGAACGAUCCGCUCACACCGUUUCACCAAUAUCUACAGCUUCCUCAGACCAAGAACAAACCAGAGGAACAAAACCAAACCGAUGCUCAGCUGUCCUCCAGUGGUAAAGACGACUUUGACUCCCAACCCGGUGCAGUAUUAACUCCCAGCACAUCUCCUCCAAAUGAGCAGGGACCACAAGCAGCACCAGCACAGUCAGUAUACAUCGGUGCAGCAUCUCUCCCACUGCAACAGCCUCAGGUACCUGGCAGCUACAAUUGCCCUACUGGUCCUACUCCUGAUACUUUCACCACCCCACUCAGCCUUGAUCAGAAUCAUAGCACCCCGUGGGCUCAGGAUAGCACUUCAGACGCUCUUGCUAUGCUUCAGUCACAGUACUCUGACAGUUGCCCUCCGCCAUCUGACCAAACUUCAUCUGUGGCCAAAGACUACAAGCGUGCCGAGGAGAGAUACAGCGAUCCGUGGGACAGGCCACGUAGCGCGGAUGACAGAGAUCACCAAAGGAGACACAGUCAUCACAGGGACUCCCAUCACGGGAAGAAGAGCCGACACCACGACCGGGAGCGAGAGAAGAAGCACGAUCGCAGCUCUGACGACAAGUACAGAGAGAGGAGCAGGCACCACGGACACUCAGAGGACCGCUAUGGUGAGAAGAGGAAAGAAAGGCACUAUAGUGAUGACUACAGCGGCCGCCACAAGGAGAAACAUAGACACAGACGGGACUCGGACUAUGAGAACGGGCGGAAAAACUCAAAAGACGAUUACUCGUAGGGAGUUUUUUUUUUAUUGGUGAGUAAAUGCAGGGUUCAGAGAAAGACUAUUAGCUUGUCCAGUGGCUGGUUUAAACCCCGUUGGCUGCGAUGGCUGCUGGUGGAAUCUUUUAUUGUUUUAUACACCGGUCUGAAGAUUGUCUGCCGUUUCAUUUUAAACGUUUAACUCAUUUUAUUCACAAUACAGCCAAAAUGGAAUAUCAUUUCAAUGGAGUUAUGAAGAUUAUCAUUAUGCUCUCUUUGGUCUAAGAAGAAUUUAAAAUGGAAACAUUUUCUAAAUUUCAUGAUUUUAUUGUACCUGUGAUUUCAUAGUGGGCUUCUAUGGACAACACUAAACUAUUUGGCAGGAAGCUAAAUUUAAAUACAUAACUUGGACAAAGGUUACAGUACAGAAGCAACAGCAGCUAUGAUUUCUUUUCUGCUGAAUUUCUUUUAAAUUCCUAAAAUAUUUUAUAAUCUUCUAUUGAAAAAUGUACAUUUUGGCUUAUAAUAUACAUUAGAGAUGAAGUGUGCCUUUGCACUGUGUUCAUGUACAGUUCGUAAUAAAUCUAAUCUUUUUUAUUGUUGAUCAUAAAAAACAACUUUUAAUUUCUUUGGAAAUAUAUUAAAGGUAAACAAUCUGGA